AUGCUUGUACUCUUUCUGGCCCAAUUAGCCGCUCUCUUUGUCUCAAUCGUGUCUGCGAAGGUGGUGUCCAGGCAGAUUCAAUUAGGUCAACAUGAGUACUUUAUGCCUCCAUCUCCCUCUUGGACAGUACCGUCGUGGGACUCGAACUGGUUGCAAAAUGCGACCGUGGACGAGUUUGUGCCGAUUACGGUUAUGAACCUGAAUGGAACUAAAAAUGAUGCCAAUAUUAGAGCUAUGCUAGACAAGUUUAAUGCAACAGAUGAUGUGUGGACAUCGUCAUUUACUCAGAGUAAGCCAGCUACUGCCGUCUGGCUUCAAAUCUUCCAACUGACUUCGAUACAAGUUCUUUAUAUUCAGUCUUCAAACCGAUCUGCAAGUACUCUGUUGCAAAAGGAAAAGCCCGAUCAGUAUACUAUAUCUAAACUCGUUGUUGGUAACACAGACAGAAUUGUUCCCUCGGGGCCUUAUUUCCUGCAUACGAGCACCGGAAAUGCAUACCAAGCUUACCGACUCUUUGCCGACACAAACCAAGCAUUUAUUCAGUCCUCGUAUCAAGAUCCACAAGAUACGCAUCACCCCUUGCGCGCGGCAAUCUCCUCAGACGCAGGCCUCACCGUGGCAGUCCCGUCCCGCUUAUACUAUACUCCUACAAAAGACAAACCACUUGCCGGUGUGCGAAUAUCCGUAAAAGAUCUCUUUGACCUCAAGGGUCUCAAAACAAGCGGAGGAAAUCGAGCAUUCUACGCAAGGAGUAACAUCAAAAACGAAACUGCAAUUGCUGUCCAAAAACUUAUUGAUGCCGGUGCUGUGGUUGUUGGCAAGGCAAAGUUGUCUGACUUUGCAUUUGGAGGGUCAUACUUUACCAGCCACAUUGACUAUUUACUGCCAUUCAACCCUCGAGGUGAUGGAUACAACCUUCCAAGCGACAGUUCUGGCGGUUCUGGGGCCUCAGUUGCCUCGUAUGACUGGCUUGAUGCGAGUGUGGGCAGUGACACAGGUGGUUCUGUUCGAGGACCGGCGCAGCAGAAUGGUGUGCAUGGGAAUCGACCGACUCAUGGUGCAGUUGACCUUUCUGGUGCCAUUCCUUUGAGCCCUGCGAUGGACACCGUCGGUAUGCUUGCGCGAGAUCCCUUGCUCUGGUCCAAGAUUAAUAGGGUCUUGUACGCGGGCUCUGUUAAAGAGUUUGCAAAAUUUCCAAAGUCAAUACUUCUUGAUCCAUCCUCCGCCAAGAAACUCUCAGCAGCUGAGCAAGAGUAUCCGAAAAUGGCAGCUGCGGCGAACAAUUUCUUGAAUCACUUGUCGAAGAUCCUAGCCGCCAAUGUUUCUACCUUCUCGAUUGACGAAGCGUGGAAUAAAUCUACGCCUGUUGCAUUCAACACUACACCCAUUGUGAAUGCUGUGAACCGCAUUUACGGCGGCCUCACGCGCUACGAGCAAUGGAGCGAUUUCGGUAAGGCCUUUGUAAGUGAGUACAUGGAGACUCAUAACGGGGAAUUCCCUCACAUGGUGCCUGAUGUUCGGGUGGGCUGGCUGCUCGCCAAUGCCUCACUGACAGAGGACGAUCACAAAGGCGAUCUAAAAAACAAGUCGGGAGUUGCAGAAUGGGUUGCACAGAAAUUCCUCACACGAGAUGAAGAUACAUGCUCAAACGCAAUUUAUGUCUACUUUACCAUGCCGUACAAGUCCUAUAAACCAGAUAUAUCAGGAGACUGGUCGAAUCCAUAUAUUGCAGAGUUAAUCAGUAGUAUCUCCAAGCAGAAAUUACAAAUCCUACAGCAGAACGUAACUAUUAACUGCAACACGACCCUAGGUUCCAAGGAGACUUGCGAACAUUCACAAAAGGCACUUGAAGAGGCUGCUGAACUGCGGCACUACCCAGUGUCCCCAGGGCGUCUUGCAUCUGUUGCUGAUUUGCCGGAUUAUGCCCUCACUCUUGGAAGCUUUAACCUAGGAGAUGUUAAUUUCUCUGAAUCAACGUUAAAGAAUCAGAGUUUACCGCUUGCAGUUGAUAUUAUGGCGGCCAAGGGAUGCGAUGUUAUGAUUCUUAACCUGGUUGAAGAACUGUAUCGUGUUGGGGCUAUCAGAACAGCCAAGACAGGAGUAACUGUAUAA